AUGAGUCCUAGGCAGAUUCUCACUACUCUCAGCCCAUGGCCCAGCUCUAAGAGCGAGGUUUGUUCGUCAGCAGAGUCAAGCCCGCUGGACGACAAGCACUUCGCUUCUGUGCCGAGUUGGCCGAUUAUUGUUCCUUCCCGUCGAGCCAGUACUGGGAGUUCUCUCAUUCAAGACAAAUUUAGGGAAAGACGAAGUGCAAAGCGCCCACCAAGAAGGUCCUCAUUUCCCGCAAGCUUCGAUAAAUUAAUAUCAUACAUAGCACCUUCCUGGGCGCAUCAGGCUGUCACUAUGUCAGCUACGAAAGUGCUAAGGAGAGAAUUGAUGAAAAUCCGGACAAACGUUCAGAUUGACGGCACCCCAAAACCAUGGAUCUCUCGACUUGAUAUUCGCAGCCUCAUUAUCGAAGACACUGUGGAAAAGGUACUUUGUGAAACGAAAGGGGUCGACUGCUCUCCGACCCAUAUCAAAGAAUUGAAAAACUUUACACUCCAGAAAGCAAUUAAAUUGUUCUCCCUUCUCGUCCUUCUAAGUCGGGUACAAAUGCUAGAGUUGUUCUACCAGAAGGGUUUUGGUGAUGAUAUGUUCCCGAUUAGCAAAUUGAAUUCGGACACCAUCGAUGAUUCCCUCACGGAUUGGACGAUCGAAUCUACUCAAGGAGUCAAGAAAAGGAUAGUCUAUGAGGGGAGCGAAAUAUCCGAGGUAGAUAUUGACACCUUGUGUAUGUGGCAGUGGCAAGUUUAUGUGCCUCUUUUCAAGCAAACCGACGCCCCUAACGAAUUUGACCCGCGUUGUCACAUGCCGUAUUUGAAGGAGGAGGAAGGAGAAAAGAAGAAUAUAACAAAUUUCAGCAUCGUUCGACAUUUCGUCAUGCAUCGGUCUCACUUGUCUUCUUUUGCCAAUACCGAUCAAAUUGGAGAAGCGGCAGACGACGAUGGUAAUCCACACGUGGCUGUGAAGGAGUUGACGGCAGCUCAAUACCUUAAUCCUAAGGACUUCCUCGAUCUCGCCAAAAAUGAAUCGGCUAUUUUGACCAGAUUUGGGACUCAAAGUCAUCCUCACCUAGUUCGUGUUAUUGCCUAUUAUAUACAAGGCCAACGACAUUUUUUCGUCUUUCCGUGGGCGAAAGAGGGUAACUUGCGUGACUUCUGGCGCAAGACACAAAACAUGUCGUUCAACCUCAAACCCAAUGAGUGGAAGAGCUUCUUACGAUGGUUUUUUGAACAAUUGGUAGGUCUAUCGGAUGCUAUUAAAACGCUUCAUCAUCCAAAGAAAAACCCGGACGAAAGCUGUCGCCAUGGCGAUUUAAAGCCAGAGAACAUUCUGUGCUUUUCCAAGGCAACUAAAGAGCUGGACACUCUCCCAAGUCAAGUCAGCCUUGUCAUCGCCGAUGCAGGUCUCGCCAGGGUUCAUGAAAAAGCCACCGAGUUCCGCUUGGAAAAGACAAAAACAUCGGGCGGAACCACCAUGUAUUCGCCACCGGAGAGUGAGACGAAUGUCGAACAGGCGAGAACGAGACGGUACGACAUAUGGUCACUUGGGUGCUUGUAUCUUGAAUAUGUAAUCUGGAUAUUGUAUGGUAACGAGGAUUUAGAAAAAUUCCGCAAUGCUAUUGGACGCGACAAGCCAUAUUACGAAAAUGGACCAGUAGUUCAGGUCAAGGAUGUGGUCCGCGCGGCUUUCAAGACUAUCAAGAAUGACCCGAGAUGUUUGCCAGCGAAUGAAACUGCACUGGGACGUCUGGUUGAUCUAAUUGAAAAUAGGUUUCUGGUUGUCAAAGUUCUGGUAAACCGCAGUGAUUCAUUUUCCCAAAGUACCGGACCUACCAUCGUUAACGAGCCCUCGGAUAUUGCCAAUUCGCCCACUGUAUUCGUAACAAGACCAACAUUUCGGCCGGCUUCUGACGACGGUUCUGAACCUCAGCGUGCGGAUGCGAAUGAGAUGUACGAUGAAAUCAAGAAAAUCCUUGACGCUGCGCAAAAUGAUACGCUCAACUGGAUGAAUUGGGACGGCCUGGAAACUCCAGCAGGCUUGGAAUUGCCGGAAGCACCUCGUACAAAGGCUAAUCCAACAGGGUCAAAACUUCACAUUGACCCCACCAAAGGAGUGCGUCACAAUCUCCCGUUACGGGUGGUACCAAGUGCCCGCUAA